GACGUCUUGUGAAAAAUGGAGUCCCUUGGCUUAGGGAUAGUGAUAGUAUACGUGUAAACCUUUAAAAAAUUCUUUGUCCUGCUGGGACAUUGUUAGGGUAACUUAAUUAUGAGAACAAGAUAUUUAUCUUGCGAAGUAGGGAUUACACAAAUCGAGACUAGAUCUUUCAGAAUGACUUAAACUUCAUGCAUCAUGAGUGAGAAGAAAGGGCUGAAUGGAGCAGUUAAGGCUUAUGAUGGAUACGGCAGCGUCAACAAGUACUCCGACGAUAAAAUCCGCAUCCUAGCGGAGGAGGAGACAAGCUCUGAUGGAGGGAUUCAUAUGACAGGUUUGGAGGGGGGCAGGAGUGACCGGUUUCAUGCAACUUGCUACCUAAGUGAUGGAAAGAGACAAAUAGAUUUUAUACUGGUUUAUGAGGAGGAAUUAGACCAAGCAAAGAAAAAAUCACAAACGGAGGCAACCAACAUUGAAAAAUGGAGAGCAAAGUUCCUAGUCAAUCUGAAGAAAAAUGGACUAGAUUUGGAAGAGGAUCGUACACAGAGUCAGAAGAAAAUCACGUAUUUUAUCAAGAUCCAUGCUCCCUGGGAUGUCCUGUGCUUUUAUGCAGAAGACCUGUGUUUUAGAGCACCCUUACAGGAAUUGAUACACAGUAAGGCACAUCCCAAUCCUGCAGACAACUGGUCAGAGAAUGUACUCCGAGCUCUACACAUACCAAACCUUAUGUCUGAUGAUGUACCUAACCAGCCAAUGGACUUCUACACAUGCCAGUUCAAAAUGUCAAAACUGGAUAGAUUUUUGGGAAGUGAUAAUAAGGACACAUACUUCACAAACAUUCAGAGACAUCGAGUGGUGUGGGAGAUUUUGUCUACCACUGCAUACGGAAAGAAGAAGAGGGCAGAAAUAGGGAUAGAAAGGCUCUUAGAAGAGGAUGUUUUCAAAGCAGCAUUCCCCUUACAUGAUGGUCCAUAUGAGAAACCAGAUCAUGGCAUUAGUCCUGAAGAUAUGAACCAUCGGCAGGUCUUGUAUGAGUACUGGGCCCGAUGGGGAAAGUGGUACAAGUACCAACCAUUAGACCAUAUCAGAGAGUACUUUGGGGAGAAAAUCGGCAUAUACUUUGCUUGGUUAGGAUUUUACACGGCGUGGUUGUUACCUGCUGCUGUUGUUGGGAUUAUUGUGUUUGUUUACGGAGUCAUUUCUGUGUUCCAUAAUGUCCCAGUAAAUGAUGUGUGUUCAAGUGGCAAGGACUACAAAAUGUGUCCCCUGUGUGAUGAGAAGAUAGGCUGUGCUUACUGGUACCUUUCAGAUGUCUGUACUUAUGUCAAAAUAGCCUAUCUGUUUGAUCACCCAGCUACUGUGGCUUAUGCUGUGUUUGUGUCAUUCUGGGCUGUAACCUUUCUGGAGUACUGGAAAAGAAAGAAUGCUAGCUUAGCUCAUCAUUGGGAUGUCCUAGACUUUGAAGAUGAAGAGGAGAGACCCAGACCAGAGUAUGCUGCAAAGGCUCCAACAUACGAGAAGAACCCCAUAACGGGGGUUAAAGAGCCUCAUUUUCCUCCAAGAGAUAGAAUCCCCAGAAUUUUAUCAGGAUUUGGAGUCAUCAUUUUAAUGAUGUCGCUGGUCCUGAUAUUCAUCGUUGCCGUCAUUAUGUACAGAAUUUUAGUUAGUAUACCUUUGUUUCAAAAUAAGACACUGCGAGGCCAGGCCAACCUUAUUGCCAGCACCAGUGCAGCUGUGGUCAACUUGAUUUUGAUUAUGGCUCUUGGAAAAGUUUACGAAAAAUUAGCAUUAAAACUUACACAGUGGGAGAUGCAUCGAACUCAGACUGAAUUUGAAGAUCAGCUGACCUUUAAAGUGUUCAUUUUCCAAUUUGUGAAUUUCUACUCUUCAAUUAUUUAUGUAGCAUUUUUUAAGGGAAAGUUUAAUGGUUAUCCCGGUCACUACACAAAGUUAUUAGGUUUAAGGAAUGAAGAGUGUAAUAAUGGAGGCUGCCUGAUAGAGUUGACACAGCAGCUUGCAGUCAUCAUGAUCGGCAAACAGAUGAUUAACAAUGCACAGGAAAUCAUUAUACCAAAGAUGAAAGCAUUUUGGCACAGAUGUAAGACCAGCCUGGAUAAGAGUGCUGUCAACAGUAGAUGGGAGGAGGACUAUCAGCUGAUUGAGAAUGAGGGACUGUUUGAGGAAUACUUGGAGAUGGUGCUACAGUUUGGAUUUAUCACAAUAUUUGUGGCUGCGUUUCCCCUGGCUCCUCUGUUUGCUCUGCUGAAUAACUGGGUGGAGAUUCGACUGGAUGCCCACAAGUUUGUCUGUGAAACCCGUCGACCUGUAGCCGAGAGGGCACAGGAUAUUGGAGUUUGGUUUAAAAUCUUGGAUGCACUUGCCCAGCUGGCUGUAAUAAGCAAUGCUUUUCUGAUAGCGUUUACAUCUGAGUUUUUACCUCGCCUCCUCUACCAGUACCAGUAUAAUUGGAAUCUGGAAGGAUACAUUAAUUUUACUCUUGCUGUGUCUCCACCGGGCACCAUGAACCAAACCUGCAGGUACAAAGAAUUCCGGGAUGAUGAAGGACAUUACACACUGUUUUACUGGCAUUUACUUGCUGUCAGAUUAGCAUUUGUCAUCUUAUUUGAGCAUGUAGUGUUUGGGAUAUGUAAGUUAAUAGAUUUCCUGGUGCCCGAUGUACCUGAAGCUUUAGAACUGAAAAUCAAAAGGGAGAGAUACUUAGCCAAGCAGGCCCUGGCAGAUACAGAUACCAUAAUGAAGACCAUACAUCCAGAGGAUGAGAUUGCCCGUGGAGAUGACGAAGAUGAUGAAGAAGGUGUCCUGGUGUCGACCGUACCAAAGGGAGGUUCAAACCAGCAACCUGUGGAGGACAAUAAGGUCUAGUUACUCCGACAUUCUGGUGUCGAUUGUCCCAGAAGAACGUUCAACCCAGCAAAAUGUGGAGGACAUUAAAAUUUAUUUACUCUGACAUUCCCUCAUCACACUUUAAGAUGUCUCAAAUUUAAACUCUGUGGGGAGAGGAGAACAAUAUCAUGUCUUUCUUUCUUAACAGUUGUGUGUGUAUUAGAUUUUACAUUGGGUUUAGAUGCAAUACAUUAGAUAAAAAUGAUAGUUAAACUAUUCCUACAUGUUAGUCUGUUACACUUCUAUUGGUUUAUCUUCCUCUUAAGUAGUUGUACUAAUUGUUUAGAACAGCUUUUAAUAAAGGUUUGAGCUUUAUGAUAUGAUAAUGCCAAUUAAUACUUCCACUUUACAUUGUUACUAUUAUAUGUCUGUAUGUGAUUUUUUCAUUCUGCUAAAUUUGUGUUUCAAAUAUAUAAGGACCAGUUAUUUCACUUGUCUAUACUUAUUUAUUUUGUAGUUUCUUUUUCAACAUAAUUUCAAUUUAUUUGUACAUCAUUUAAAAUUAUUACAUUUUACUUAAUCUUGCAUUCCUCAUACUAAACAUACCGAAACAGUAAGGGAUUAAAUUAUUAUACUUACAGUGUAUAUACAACAGAAUUAUAUAAGAGCAGCUGGUGUUAUGAAAACUUUAUACAAAUACUGUCCAUGUAUUGGGACCAACUUAAGGUUUUUGUUUUAAAAAAAUUAAUUUUAUCUCACUUUUAGUUUUCAGACUCCGAUGUUUAUAUUUUCUGAUUGCUAAACUAUUGCUGUAGACAGAUAAUGUUAAAAUGUCAUGAUAGACAGAUAGUACUGAAAAAUGGCUGAAAUACCAUAGUAGACAGAUAGUGCUAAGAUUUAGCUGUAUAGACAGUGCUAAACUGUCAAUGUAGAAUUGGUCUAUUUAAGUAAUAUGCACAUUAUUUUAUUUGCUUCAUGCACAUUUACUAGUUGAAAAUAUAUAUCAUUGAAUGCUGUGUUAGCUACAUGAACUAUUACAUGGUUUUGUUGGCUACAUUUAUUGUAUUAUAAAUGCACGGUGGGAUUGGAAAGGAGUCAUAUUAACACUUACUAAGCUCUCUUCCUUCAGAUGCAUUACAAAUAUGUAUAUCAAAUGUAUAUUGGGUCACAGUUAAAACAAUACAAGUAGUGUGCUUAAAACCAUAUGGGUAUAUUAUGAUAACAUUUUAUAGACAUGGUGUAUUAGACACCACCAUUAAGUUCAGCAUGGUAUCAGCAUUCAGCUUGUUAUAAAAACUAGAACUGCUUUUACAUGUAGCAAUGCGUGAUAAUAUAUUAAAACCUGCAAUUAUUCCUUAAAGCAAUAAUGAGUAUUCUACGUCUGUAUUUAUAUUAGGCAAUCCAGUAGGAAUUUUAUAUUUAAAUGCUGCAACACAAAUGCUUAAUGCCUAUGAAAUGGUAUAUGGUACUUAGGGAAGUUUUCUUCCCCUGUGUAAUGAGUAAAGCUAUUUUUCAUGGAAAUAUUCUUAUCCAUUGAAAACCAGUUAAUUCCUACAUACUGUUGCUCUUAUCAAUUUAUAAUCUUACGAUAUUGCAUUUUAAAAGAAAAUAUAUGCUUUAAUUAAUUUAUAUGCAAUGCUUUAGCAAUUAGCAUAUAUAUUAAUGUUCUUAUACAUAACUAAUGGAGUCUGAUCUCUGUGACAAUCUUUAAUGCUAAAAUAUGUCAGAACAGAAUUUUUUGUUGGCUUUGAUCCUAUAAAGUGAAUUGUUUGUUAGAUAUGAGUAAUAAGUCCUCACCAUUGACUGCUACAAUAGACAGAUGUUGAUUUUAUAGGGUACACCUGUUACUGUAUACAGUUCUGAGAUUUUCACUUUAUCUCUCUUUUGAAUUCUUGGUUCAUUUAUUUUAUCAAUGUUAAUAUCACUAACUUUACUUAUACAGUGUACAUAUAUGUCAUGAAGCUGAGCUACAGUGAAAAACUAGGCUGCGUGUAUACAUUACAAAUAUUCACCUGUGGACCUUUUGUAUUUAUUAUAAUCAGUCUUGUGAUAUGACAUGUAUUGUUCCCUUGUUAAAAUCUUCCUAUUUUUGAUAUUUGUUGUGUAUUUAUCUCGCAGAUCUCCCUGAUUUUUUGUUAUAUACUGUUAUUAUUUGGUCUGUUGGACUUCUAUGAAAGUGUUAGAAGACAAGGACUACGCAUAAUGCUAUGAUUGAAUCUCAAAUGUUUAUUUUAUACUCUUAAAUCAAUUAAACACUCUUUAGCAUG